CACCGAUGCUGGCAUCGACGUUUAUCCACCACUAGCACCGACGCAAAUCCAAAGAAGAACCGAAAAAAAGUGCAACAAUUAAGUUCCCCCGCCAUUGAAUUGUUGCCAUGCAUAUAGUCGAUCGCAUUCGAUUGAAAAUGCGCUGCUGCGUAUGACGACAGUUUUCCGACCGAGCUAAUUUUUUCCGCGUGUGCGUGAGCGAGUGGGAAAAACGCGUGUCCAGGAAAACGCGCCAACGAAACCAAGAUAACUACCGCCCACCCACUGCGCCCGCCCAUCGAUCACGCGCGCCCAUAUUCCACACUUCCUAAAUGAUAAUGGUGCGCAGACGACAACGGCCCGCAAAGGAAUCCACUUCCUCGUCUGGCGGCGCCUCCUCGGGAUCAGGCCUUCCGGUUGACCAAACGCUGCCCCUGAAUGUGGCGGGAAAUCUGCUGGAGGAUCAGUAUUUUGCCAGCCCCAAGCGGAAAGACUGUCGACUGAUGAAGGUCAGCGAAAAUGGCCAGCUGCCGGAAGCCACAAUGGCCCACAGAGGCCAACACAAAGACAACAAAGCGGAUCGGACAAUAGGGGUACCUUUGGCCACUCGCUCGCAAACGCGCACCAUUGAGAACUUCUUCAAAGCCAAUGCUGCCGUCAAGGAUUCCCAAAAGACAAUACCCACAGAGGAGCUAGAUCAAGACCUAGAACUGCAGGAUGAGCAGCUAAACAUAGAGGAUGAGGAGCUGAAGCUGCAGGAGGAGCAGCUGCAACACACAGAUGACCACCUGGCCUUUGCAGAUGAAGAAGAUGCCAAGGCAGAGCAAAAGCUAAUGGACGAGGAAUUGCAGCAGGUGGUGGAGGAGCUGUUGUUUGACGGCAGCUCCAGAGCCUCCUCAGACUCGCCCUGCUAUCGGCAUGAAUUGGAGGCCAUGCAGGAGAUCCCGGAAAUCCCUCAAAUGCUCCACAACAACGAGGCCCGCGAGACCCAUGAAGGACUGGGCUCCCUGGCCGACUUUCAGACACAUCGCUCCGCGCUGAGGGACAGUCAUAGCUCUACGCACAGCAGCAGCACCGACAACAUUUUCCUGCAGGAGCCCGUGCUGACCCUGGACAUAGAUCGAACGCCCACCAAAGCCUCCAGCAUAAAAAUCAACCGGAGUUUUGAACUAGCGGGAGCCGUAUUCUCGUCUCCACCAUCGGUGCUAAAUGCCUGCCUUAACGGGCGCUUUAAUCAAAUAGUAAGCCUGAACGGUCAAAAGGAACCGCUGGCUGGGCCAAACUUCGAUUUGGAACAGCACGACAGCAGUUCCUGUGACAGCGGCGUGGCAUGCGGCCUCACUGCCAACACAGAAUCGCCAGCAGGAGCAGCUCGACGCCGGAAGCCAGCCACUCCGCAUCGCAUACUCUGCCCCUCGCCCAUCAAGACGGGUCUGAAGGCCACCGGAGGAAUUUGCAAGGGCGGAUCCACAGAUCCGCUGUCGCCACGCAAGUCGCCAAGGAAAUUGCCCGCCACCACGGCGGCGGUGGCCGCCUGCAAGUCGCGCCGAAGACUGAACCAGCCAAAGCCACAAGCGCCUUACCAGCCACAACCACAGCUACAGAAACCACAGCCACAGCAGCAGCAGACGCAGGAUGACAUCGUAGUGGUGCUAGCCGACGACGAUGAUGAAGAGGAGGACGAGGACGAUGUUCAUGCCCUGCUUAAGGCCGCCGAGGAGCGGGAAAACCAGAACAAAGAACCAGCCACAGCCAACAGCAACAAAACGGGCAUGAAAGCCAUGCUUAAGCCAGCGCCUGUAAAAUCAAAGCCCAAGAGCAAGGGGCCAGCGAAGGGCCAACCCCCGCUGCCUUUGGCUGCCACCAAUGGCAACCGUGAGAUGACCGACUUCUUCCCGGUGCGAAGGAGCGUACGCAAGACCAAGACGGCCGUCAAGGAGGAAUGGAUGCGAGGUCUGGAGCAGGCCGUGCUCGAGGAGCGUUGCGAGGGCCUGCAAGUCCGCCAUUUCAUGGGCAAGGGCAGAGGUGUGGUCGCCGAGCGGCCCUUUAAACGGAACGAGUUUGUGGUCGAGUACGUGGGAGAUCUCAUCUCAAUCAACGAGGCCGGCGAUCGGGAAAAACGCUAUGCGCUGGACGAGAAUGCCGGGUGCUACAUGUAUUACUUCAAGCACAAGGCCCAGCAGUACUGCAUCGACGCCACCGUGGACACCGGCAAGCUGGGGCGUCUAAUCAAUCACUCGCGUAACGGCAACCUUAUGACCAAGGUGGUGCCCAUCAAGCAGCGGCCUCAUCUCGUGCUCCUGGCCAAGGACGACAUCGAGCCGGGCGAGGAACUGACCUACGAUUAUGGGGAUCGCUCCAAGGAGUCCUUGCUGCACCACCCCUGGUUGGCCUUCUGAGGAAGAGCUUUCCAAGAGCUCGCAAAAGGGGAUGCGGUUCAGCCUUAAAACGAAGACUAUUUACCAUGUUCGAGGUAGAGAAUCUUUAAAAUAAUGCCAGGGCUAAACAUGCUUUAGGCCCUAGGGAUUAUUUCUUAGCUUUUGUACGUAGAUGGGCUCGCCUUGAACCAUAACCAAAUUGUUUUCACCCCUGUUCCCAUUGGUAUAUUUUGUCGGAAUUGGAUUUACUUAAUAUUUCAGUUACUUUUGGUAAGACCAAUUUAAUCAAUUUUAA